AUGUCACUCGCAAUCACUUAUGAUAAAUUAGAGACACAUAUACGAGCACUUGAAACUUUAGGCGUGACAACAGAAAUGUGCGCAGCAAUGUUGCUUCCUUUAGUAGAAUCCUCACUGCCUGAAGAGACUUUACGUACAUGGCAACGAACAAGGAUUCAAUUAAUUCCUCAUUCUGACGCGUCUGUUACUGUUGUAAUUAUUACUGCAAAAGAUCGUCUUACUAGUCUAAUGACUUUUCUAGGAAGAGAAGUCGAGAGCGAGGAACGUAUUCAAAUGGCAAAAACAUGCUUCGAGAGCAACGAUUUCCAGAUGACAAAGGACAAAAAUAAAAGGAAAUCAAAGAGUGAACGAGAUCCAGAGAUAGCGACAGCGUCUAGCUUAUUAUCGGCGAAAGAAGCAAAGCCACAGCAAUGUAUAUUUUGUGGAGCUAAUCAUGACAGCUUGAGUUGUGAAACGGCCAGAAGUAUGGACUUAGAGAAGAGAAUCCAAGCUGUAAAAGACAAGCAGGGCUGUUUCAAUUGUCUAAAAGUAGGGCAGGGAAACAGUUGUCUCGCUAAUGUCUCUUCAAAUACAAAAAUGUUUCUGCCUACACUAAAAGUCAAGAUGCGAGGUCCAAAAGGCUUGGUGAAUGUUCGUGCCGUCAUAGAUACUGGCUCGCAUAGAUCUUAUGUUUUGGAAAAAGUAGCCAGAGAGCUUGGAUACGAGACUGAGAGCGAACAGACGAUGAUACACUUGUUGUUUGAAGGAACUAAAACCAAACCUCAGAGACACAAAACUUAUCGGAUCUACAUCGGCAACUUAGAUGGAACAUAUAAAUGCGACUUCGUAGCUUUGUAA